AUGAACCGCCCAUCGCGUACCGACGACGAUCUGGAGCAUCCAACAUGGAACCAGAACCCACCGUUCCUGGCUGCCGACCUGACAACUCGCCAGGAUCUUAAUGGUAUCGCCAAUGCCCGUGAGCAGCGUAAUCGCCGCUGUAAUGCCCUUCCUGCUGACGCCUAUGGAUUCAAUAAAAAUGGAAAACACAUGGGCCAUGUCGGCAUGAGAGAAAUCGAACCCGGGGCCCGUUGGCGCUCCUUCCUAGCAAUGAGCGGCUGGUCUAUCCAGCCGCUCAUUGCGCCCAAGACAGUGCUUGGUGGUGAAGGCCAGGCCUGUCGCUUCUCAUUCCAAAUCCGGCCCCCUUCGGGCUGGUUUGGUUGGAUCACGUCGGUCCUCUUGACCUCGGCGUUGGUCAAUGUGGUAGGGGCUUAUUUCCCGACCUUGUUCAAGCUGUCUGCCGGUGCCGUCAAGCCGGCCAUCUUGAGCCCUGACAAAGUCGGCUCUCCCGUUCGCCUUUUAUCCAAACGUCAGGAUGCUUGUGCUGGAGCGACUGCCGCCCCUCAUGAGUACAACACUCCCCUCCAUGUGGGCGCCUUGUUCAUCAUCAUGGGUGUUUCGAGCUUAGCUUGUGGUGUGCCCUUGAUGGCCCUCAAGUUCCCUUUUCUUCGAAUCCCCGAGACCUUUUUCUUCGGCGUCCGCCAUUUUGGUACCGGAGUCCUCCUCGCCACAGCUUUCGUCCACCUACUGCCCACUGCGUUCUCGUCCCUUGGCAACCCGUGCUUGUCCAGCUUUUGGACUACCGAUUAUCCUGCCAUGCCUGGUGCCAUCGCCCUUGUCGGUAUCUUCUUUGUCUCCGUCAUCGAGAUGGUAUUCAGCCCCGCUCGGAACUACAUCCCGCGGUUUGGCCAGACGGAGGAAAAACCAAAAGAGCCGGAGAAGACUGUCACUUCCCUCAAUGCUCUCACCCAAGUCGGGACAUCCACGGAUCCGGCUGUCAGGGGUGCCCUUAGCGGCAUUGGCGGUCACUGCGGACAUACCGCGGGUGUUGUGGCGGCAAUUACACGUCCCUCAGGUGCUCAUCGUCAUAGUAUCGAACCUGCUACUCCGCUCCAACGGGCUCCUUCAGUCGAAAAGACGGUUCCGAUGGUGCACGGUCAGUUGGAAUCACAGGACGCAGGCCCCUUGACCCCAGAGCAGCAACACAAGAAGAGUAUCUUACAAUGCAUGCUGCUUGAGGUGGGUAUUCUGUUCCACAGUGUGUUCAUAGGCAUGGCCCUAAGCGUGGCUGUUGGGUCCAACUUUGCCGUGCUGCUGAUUGCAAUCGCCUUCCACCAAACUUUCGAAGGGCUUGCCCUCGGAGCCCGCAUUGCUUCCAUCACUUGGCCAAAGAAGACUCUUCAACCGUGGUUGAUGGUUCUUGCCUACGGUUGCACUACCCCCAUCGGUCAGGCCAUCGGCCUUGCCACGCACACUCUCUACAGCCCGGAUUCGGAAUUCGGUCUGAUCCUGGUCGGCACCAUGAACGCCAUCUCUUCUGGUUUACUGGUUUUUGCCGCGCUGAUCGAGCUGCUGGCCGAGGACUUUUUGAGCGACGCCAGCUGGGCCAUUCUGCGCGGUCGCAGGAGGGUGUUUGCCUGCUUGCUCGUGUUUCUCGGCGCUGUUUGCAUGAGCCUUGUCGGGGCGUGGGCUUAG